AUGACCAGCGCUUUUGAUGGUCGAGACUCGCAGCAUAUGAGCCCUCAACAUCGUUCUCUUUUCUACUUGAAGAAAAUGGGUGCAAACAAGCGUCGGCCGGAGGAUGAGAGCGGAUCCGAACCCGACCCGGAUUCGGACUCCGGCAAAGACGAGGAUUCCAGAAAAUCCGACGGCGGUAGAAAACGGGCGAAGGGUGGGAAGAGUAAAACACGAAGCUCGAGCUCAAAACGACGGCGGUCGAGGGCAAGCGACUCCUAUUCAUCGUCGUCCUCGUCCGAGUACGACUCGGAUUCGAGCUCCGAGUCGGAAUUUUUGGAUUCGGAGGACGAGAGGAGGCGGCGGAGGAGAGAGAGGAGACGGAGGGAGGAGAAGCGGAGGAGAGAGAAGGAGAGGUCUAGAAAGAAGAAGAGGAAGGAGGACGACAAGAAAAAGAAGAAGAAGAAGGAUAAGAAGAAGGAGAAGGAGAAGGAUAAAGGGCAGAAAGGCGCUGUCACGAACUCAUGGGGAAAGUACGGGAUUAUCAGGGAAACUGAUAUGUGGAAUAAACGACCCGAGUUUACCGCCUGGCUAGCAGAAAUUAAAAAGGUGAACCUGGAGAGUCUGCCUAACUGGGAAGAGAAGCAGCUUUUCAAAGAUUUCAUGGAAGAUCAUAACACGGCUACCUUCCCAUCUAAAAAAUAUUACAACCUUGAUGCUUAUUACCAGCGUAAAAUGGAGAAAGAAAUGAAAAAGGGCUACACCAAAGCAGUGGCGUCUGAACGUACUGUAUUUAAUGAUGAAGAACAGCGAAGGGUAGAACUACAACAAGAGCGCGAAAGACGAAAACAGCAAGAAGUGGAGGAUUUGAAGCGUUCCAUGCAGAGUGGAAUGGCACAGGCAAUGAAGGAACAAGCUCAACUACGGGAAGAGAUGGCUUACCAGUACAAGAUCGGUAACUUUGAGGUGAAAUAG